AUGACUCACAACUAUAAUUCCAGUACCACAGCCGCAGAGCUGACGGGCCAUCUUGCCGCCGAAAUUCAAGGCAAGGUUAUUCUUGUCACUGGGCCCUCUCCAAAUAGCAUUGGAGCAACUUUUGUCGAGACGAUUGCGCGCGCUCGGCCACUCUUUUUAAUCUUGGCGGGACGCAACACGGUUACGCUACGCCAAACAGCAGACGCAAUCAAGGCGGUAGCUCCAGAAGUCUCAGUCCGAUUGUUGCAGAUAGACUUGGCUUUGCUAUCUUCAGUGCGUGAAGCGGCGUCGGAGAUUAACAGCUGGACUGAUCUACCAUGUAUUGAUGUUCUUGUCAAUAACGCAGGAAUCAUGGCUACUGGAUUUGCGCUCACCGAAGAUGGCCAUGAAAGACAAUUUGCUACGAAUCACCUGGGCCAUUUCCUUUUCACCAAUUUGGUGAUUGAAAAAAUCUUAAAAUCUGCAUCGCCACGGGUAGUUAACGUUAGCAGCGAUGGUCAUCGACUCAGUCCCAUUCGCUGGGGAGAUCACAACUUCCAGAAUGAAGAAACAUAUAACAAGUGGGUUGCCUACGGUCAAUCUAAGACAAGCAACAUCUUGAUGGCCGUCUCUCUGGCCCAAAAACUAGGCUCCAAGGGUCUUUUGGCGUAUAGUCUACAUCCAGGGGUCAUUUUCUGCACCACCCUUGCGAGAGACGUCGACUGGACUAUUGACCUCCCCGAAUUGCGCGCUGUCGACAAAUUUUUGGGAAAUAAGGAGGGCUGGAUGGACUUCAAGCCCAAAAGCCCUCAGGAAGGAGCAGCUACACAUGUGUAUGCUGCAUUCGAACCUACCAUUCGAGUCCACAACGGUGCAUAUCUGCAGGACUCCCAUGUAGCAGACCCUUGGACGGAAACCGUGAAGCCCUGGGCCACUGAUAAAUUGGAAGCUGAGAGAUUGUGGAGGCUGAGUGAGAAGCUUGUUGGGCAGAAAUUUCGCUAUUGA